AUGACGACGGCUUUGGAGGAUCGGAUGGGCCUUCUCCUGCUCCUGCUCCUGGUCGCGGCUUGCUUCUCCUCCACGCUGCCAUGCUGCUCCGCCGCGUUAGACGCGCAGCGGCAGGACUGGUGGCUCCCAUCGUCGCCGUGGUCGGAGCUACUGGCCAUCGGCGUCGGGCGGAGCUCCUCUGCGGUCCUCCCCCUCUCCGGGAACGUCUACCCUGACGGGUGAGAGGAAUCAACAAGAUACUCGGUUCUCGCUUAGUUUCCUCGCCGGCGUCCGCGCCUUCCCGAUCUGUCUCUGAUCUCGCUCGAUGUCUUUCCCAUCUAUCCUUUCACCAAUCGGGGUAGAUGUAGAAGUACUUCCCGAUUAAUUUCCAAUCCUCUCGAAUUUUCUUGCUGCCCGGAGCGCAGGCUCUACUUCGUCUCCCUCAGCAUCGGGAAUCCACCGAAGCCCUACUUCCUCGACGUGGACACCGGCAGCGACCUCACCUGGCUCCAGUGCGACGCCCCCUGCAUCAGCUGCUCCAAGGCAUACAAAAAAAUCAUUCGACAUUCGCUAUAAUUGGCACAUUUUUCUUGAUCUGUUUCCACCAUCGUCAGAUUCUCCUUUGGAAGGAAAUACCCAUUUGUCGUAUGCUUGGUUGGGGCAGGGACCUCACCCAUUGUACAAGCCGACCAAGGACAAGCUGGUCCCCUGCGGGAAUCCCAUCUGCAACUCCCUCCCGGCCGCCGCCGCAGACGCCGCCCACGGCGAGGGAUGGAGAAGUGGCUGCAAGUCCCCGAAAGAUCAGUGCGACUACGAGGUAGAAUACGCCGACCACGGAUCCUCACGGGGGGUGCUCAUUCGCGACGCCUUCUCCAUCCGCUUCGUCAACGGCUCCCUCCUCCGCCCCCACCUCGCCUUCGGGUACAGACAGAAACCACCACACAAGCUCUCCUUGAACUUGUAGUUUCAUUUAACCACAGGCGCCGGAAGACCUUUUUCUUCAGGUGCGGCUACGACCAGCACCUGCACGGCAAGAGCUCCCUCACGGACGGGGUGCUGGGGCUCGGCGGCGGUCGGUCCAGCGUCAUGUCGCAGCUCCGGGAGCAGGGGCUUACGCAGAAUGUGAUGGGGCAUUGCCUGAGCAGGAAGGGCGGCGGGUUCCUCUUCUUCGGCGGCGACCUCGUCCCCCACUCCGGCGUCACAUGGACUUCUAUGUCCCGCCGCGCCACCGGGCACUACUCGCCGGGCCCUGCGGAUCUCUUCUUCGGCGGGCGCCUCGUCGGGAAGAGCUUCCAGGUGAUCUUCGACAGCGGGAGCUCCUACACGUACUUCUCCUCCCGGCCAUACGAGGCCCUCCUCCGCAUGGUACCUCAUAACCUCCCUCACCCUUUUUUUUUUCCCUCCUUUUCUCCCUUUUCUGAGACGGCGUGAUGGGCAGUUGAAGGCGGAUCUGGCGGGGUCGCCGCUGGAGGAGGCGAGUGAUGACGGCACGCUGCCGCUGUGCUGGCGGGGGGCGAAGCCGUUCAGAUCUCUCGCCGAGGUGAGGAAGUUCUUCAAGCCGGUGGCCCUCGGCUUCACGAGGGCAGCGCAGCUGGAGAUACCCCCAGAGGGCUAUCUCAUCCUCACGGUGAGCCACUAGUACCACGGCUAAAAGGGGUAAAGCAUACUGGUUUACACUCCGACGGUGGGCUACUUUUCAGAAGCGCGGCAACGUGUGUCUGGGCGUCCUCAACGGGACCCAAGUCGGGCUGCGGGACUUCAACCUCAUCGGAGGUAAGGAGAAGAGGAAGCAAGGAGAGAACUCACAGAUCGAAGGCGACUGAGUCUUCUGACUGGGGGAGGGGUGCUCUUCCUGGCAGAUAUCUCGAUGCUGGACAUGGUCAUGGUCUACGACAACGACCGGCAGAGGAUCGGGUGGGCGCGCGCCGACUGCAACAGGCUCCCCAAGUCUGACGACCCCUCUCUGAUAGAAAAACUGAUGGGUCCCCUGAUGUUCGUAGGCAGUUCCUAA